AUGGGUUACUCCGAAGCUCACUCUGUAAAUUCCACACCUGCGCCGACUCCACCACCGCCGAGGCCUGCAUCGCAGCACCAGCAGCACCAGCAGAUGGUGUAUAACAUGAGUGGCGGUAAUCCCAUGGCGAAUGGAGGUAUGAUGGGCGCUCCCAACAGCUUUGGUGGGUAUGCAGAUCAAAAUGCUUAUCCUCCGCAAGCCUUUUAUGGCAAUGGCAACAAGCCGCAGAUUUACACCGCUGUGUAUUCAAAUGUCUCGGUCUUCGAAAUGGAGGUGAAUGGCAUAGCUGUCAUGCGACGCCGCGCGGAUUCUUGGCUUAAUGCCACUCAAAUUCUCAAGGUUGCAGGAGUCGACAAGGGCAAGAGAACCAAAGUGCUCGAGAAAGAAAUCACCGGCGACCAUGAAAAGGUACAAGGUGGGUAUGGCAAGUACCAAGGUACCUGGGUGAAUUACCAGCGAGGCCGAGAAUUCGCACGGCAGUAUGGUGUAGAGCAAGUCCUUCUUCCCCUUCUUGAAUACGACAUCACUUCCGAUGGUAUGCCCGGUAUGAGCCACGGAAUGGAGACCCCGACCAAGGAGCAAGCCAUGGCGGCACAACGCAAGAGAAUGUAUGGCGGCGACGGACGACAGAUGUCGCAGACAUCAGGAGGCACCUUUUUCAAGAACAUGUCUAGCACGGCUGCCAAUGCAAUUCACGCUCUCAACAGAACGCGUCUCGAUUCGCCCAAUCACAUGGACGGCCGCCGGUCUGUUGGUCCUCGUCGCCAAUCUCAGUCGCAGGCAUUCACUUACGGGACUGACGGACUGUACGGCCAGGCAAGCCAGCAGAGUAUGCCAAGCAUGACUUCUCAAGACAGUUUUGGUACCAACGGGGCCAUCAUGAGCCAAAGUGCGAGCUUUGCAGACUUUCCCGCUCCAGAUGCCCAAGAACCACCGCGUAAACGUAUUCGACCAUCACCUCAAUCAUCAUUUCUCGCAGGCCCCUAUGAUGCUUCGCUCGACAUGUCACUAGUCGACGGCACUUCAACCGAACCCAAUGCGUCCUUCUUUUCACAACCAAGCCAGUCCUUCAUUGCACCUGACCCUCUGUCGUACGGACUGGAGCCUCUUCCACAUCCUACUGGACGGAUCGACGAAGAAAAGAGGGAGCUUCUACUAGAUCUCUUCCUUGACUCAAAGCGUACGGAUUUCGAUGACCACCCUGCAUUCCUGCGGCUCAGUGGUGAGGAAUUUGAGUUUCCAAUCGAUGGCUCGUGUAAUACUGUAUUGCACUGGGCGGCAACAUUGGCACGAAUACCUCUGGUACGAAAGUUACUGGAAAAGGGUUUCAAUAUGAGGCGUACAAACAGUGGCGGCGAGACCGCUUUGAUUGCUGCUUGUUCUGCACGAAAUAACCUGGAUACCAGCAGCUUCCCGGAGCUUCUAGAACUCCUCGGACCUAGUAUCGAAGUUAGGGAUGGCCGAGGUCGGACAAUACUGCACCACAUUGCUGUGUCGUCGGCCAUGAAGGGUCGAGCUGCCGUUGGCAAGUACUAUCUCGAGUCGUUGCUCGAAUACGUUGUCAAACAGGGGGCUUCACAAUCAUUGUCAUUCGAGUCCAUGAAUGGAAUGAAUCACGACAAUAAAAUGACACUGAACAGAUUCAUGUCUGAAAUCGUAAACGCACAAGAUAAGGCAGGUGAUACGGCUCUGAAUCUGGCGGCUCGGACAAAUACCACGACUAUCAUUGAGCAACUGAUUGAAGUUGGUGCAGACCCUCACAUUCAAAACCGCGGAGGACUUAGUCCAAUGGACUUCGGCGUCGUUGGUGGCCACGUCAACAAUCAGACAUUGGACCAGACCAUGACAAUGUUUGAACAACCCUCUGCGGCAAAUGGUCCGCCUCAGAAGUCCUUCGAAGAUGCUCAAGAAGGACUCAUGUCUUCAAUUCGGGAGAUCUUGUCCCAAUCAGAGGCCGACUUCACGUCAGAGAUGAAGGAGAAGAAGGAGAUCCUUGACAAGACGAAUGCCGCUUUGAAAGAGUCGGGCACGUCAUUGGCAGAGGAGCGACGACGUCUCGAAGAAGCACGAAGUAAGGUUCGCGAAAAGGAGGAUCUGGAGCAAAGAAUCAACAAUUUGCGUCAAGCAACUGCGAAACUGCGAGCAGAGUUGAGUGAAACUGACCCGCCAACCGCGAUACAAGAGAACGUGGUGAUCGGCGAAGCGGAUAAAGGCCUGGACCUAGAUGGCCAGCUUCCAAUGGUCGCACAACUGUUUGCAGAUGGCGAAACCGACCCUAGCACUAUGGCCCUGACACAGGAGCAAGCUAAUUUCCUGGGGUGCCUCGAACGCGCGGAGGUGCUAUCUGGACGAGCAAAGGUGUAUCAACGACACAAUCAACAACUCGAGCAAAUGGCCAAAACUCUCAAGGCUCGCAGUGGUGAGUUGGAAGAGCGAUACAAGAAGAUUGUCAGUCUGUGCAUUGGCCAAGACGAGGACAAAGUGGACGGCUUGUUGGACCACCUCGUGCAAGCGGUCGUUAGUGAACAAAAAGAGAUGGGCAACGAUUCGCAACUCGGACGAGUGAGAGAUUUCCUUCGAUUGGUGCAAGGAUCAGCAAAUUGA